CGGGGCCUGCUUUUCGCGGGGCCCAAAGGUCGGCGAGCGUGCUUAAGUGAGCGUGUGUGGGUUCCUGAAGUGGACAUACAUGCGCGGUGGCUGGGCUGGUGGUUCUGCAUGCCCGCCAGGGGCAAAAUCGACAUUUCGCAUCUCAUUUUCUUCUACGCGACUGUGGAGAAGGACGAGCUCGGCGGUGCGUGGCGAUCUCCUCUUCGCCGGCGGAUACAGGGCGGAAUGGUCACGGCGGAAGUUCUCAUGGCCAUAGAGGCGUGGUUCUCGCACGAGGGGCUGGGAGAGGUGGGGGUUUGACCCUAGAUGCAGCCAGAUCUGAGCCACGGGAGGCACCUUCGGUCCUGAGCGCGGCAGGGAUGGCGUUGAUCUCCUUCUCCCUACUCUCGCGCCGCCGUGACCAUUCCGCCCCCUCCCCCUUCUCCUCUAUGCGGUCACUGCGGUGUGGUGCUCCUCCCCGAGCACGAGCGCGCGCCUCUCUCCCCGGCCGCCGGCGGUGGCCUCUUCCUGUGCCCCUAACCACGACCUCAAGCAUGCCAUAAUCAACCUCCUCUGCGGCGCCUUCUCCCCCAUCGGCGCUUCCUCCUCCCCUGGCCACAGCGUGGUUCGUCCCCGCACUACUAAAGUACCAAGUGAUGUACAGGUUCGUUUUCUCUCCCUCCCUCCUGUUAGUUUGAUCUCCACGUACGACCCAACGGUCGUACGACCCUAUCUCGCGUCCUGAUCGGGGGCGCCCAACCACGUCUGGUUGGUGGGCCCCUGUCGCCAGCGCCACAUAUAAAAGAGGUGGGGGCCGGGGCACGGACGCAAAGGUUCGUCCGCUGCCGUCCUUCCCACCGAAAUACAAACCCUAAGCCACCCGAUCUGGUGAGGCGUUGUAGCGGCGGGAAGCUCCACCGACAUCACCGCCGCCCCUCCGUCGCCGCCAUGGCGAGCUCCUCGUCGACCAAGACCGACGGAAAUCCUAUGAGUUUUAUCUCGGCUAUUGAGCCCCUCAAUGGAGGGAACUAUGGCUCGUGGCGAGAGAAGGUUGAGAUGGGGCUUGCUUUGCUUGACCUCGACUUGGCACUGAUAGAGGCUUGUCCCAUAGAACCUAAGGACCCCGUAAGGGGCGACAAAGAAAGUGAAGAUGACUUCAACAAAAGGGUCCUUGACCAUGGACCAAAAAGAAUGAAGUACGAUCUUGAUCGUGCUAAGUGGGACUCGUCCAACAGAAAGUGCUUGAUGGUGAUCAAGAGCUCCAUUUUGGAGGCUAUAAGGGGAGCAAUCCCACAGUGUGACACCGCCAGUGAGUACCUGAAAAAGGUAGAGAGUCAGUUUACUGGGUCUUCCAAGGCCUAUGCUAGCACUCUCAUAAGAAAGCUUGUCACUACUAAGUACACUGGUGGUGGAGUAAGGGAUCACAUAUUCAGGAUGAGCCAUAUGUCUUCCAAGCUCAAGUCUAUGGAGAUGGAGCUUCCAGAACAGUUCGUCAUCCAUCUGAUCUUUGCCUCACUCCCAAAAGAAUUUGAGACUUUUGCUGUGAACUACAAUGCACAGCCAGAAAAGUGGGCCAUUGAGAAGAUGAUUGCCAUGUGUGUGCAAGAAGAAGAGAGGAUCAAGGGGCAAUCUGGUGAUUCUGUCAAUUACCUAAGCCCAACCAAGAAGAGGAACUUUCAGAGUUUUCAGAGUUCCAAGCCACAAGGGAAACCUCAGUGGAAUCCUCCUCUGCCUAAGCCGCAUGGCAAGGCUCAAGAUCACCAGCCGCAUGAAGAGGUGGCCAAGGACACUUGCAAGUGGUGCAAGGAAAAGGGCCACUACCAGAAAGACUGUGUGGCAUUCCUGAAACAUCUGUGCAAGAAAGGGAUUCCGUAUGAGACAGACCCUGCAAAGAGGAGAAAGAUGCAUUAAAGUAGCAAACGGCGUCCAAGCUGAAGUCGAAGCCAUUGGAGAUCUCCCAUUAGUAUUAGCUAAUGGCUUUGUACUUUUAUUAGUAGAUGUGCUUUAUGUACCCUCUUUGCAUCGGAACUUAAUAAGUGUAUCGCGCUUAGAUGAUGAUGGUUUUGCUUGCCAUUUUGGUGAUGGUCAAUGUAAGAUCAAGUUUAAUAAUGAGAUUGUUGGUCUUGCCUUCCGACAAGACAAGCUUUAUUUAUUGUCACUUUGUGAUGAGAAUGUGAAUGUUUUAAGCGCUGAUAAUGAGAAUGUCUCUACAUCCCUGAAUGAAAAUAAUAAGCGGAAGAGAAUUGAUGAAGUCUCUUCGAAAUUAUGGCACUGUCGUUUAGGCCAUAUUUCGAGGGGGAGAAUAGAACGCUUAGUAAAAGAAUCAAUCCUUCCGCCUAUGGAAUUUUCGAAUUUAGAACAAUGCAUCGAUUGCAUUAAAGGAAAGUAUGUAAAGAACAUAAAGAAGGGCGCCAAAAGAAGCACAGGAGUUUUAGAAAUAAUUCAUACGG